CGCACCAAGCACCCGCUGUAUCUAUACAGAUUCACACACAAACACACAGUCGACACUUCAAAAUCACAAGUCACAACAGCCAUUUGUAGCUCACCUCGCUCCUCACUCCCCGUCCACUUCGGUUUGUUGGACUAUUUUCUCGAGAAAGUGACAGAAAGGUAGCAAGGAGCGGUGGAGUGUGGAAGUGAAGUGUUUGGUCUGAGAAACUGCUGUAUGUCAGUGGAGUAUUACAGUGACAAGUACUACGGCGGUUACGGUGAGCUCGCAAACCCUUUGCAAUGGCCACAGCUACGGAAAAAGCGACGCCUCUGCACCGCAACGCCACCGCCGCGGCGGACGUCUUGCAGGAUUGGAGCGUCCGGACCUCCGAUCCCGCCGCCGACGAUCAGAUCCACCGCAACAGAGCUUCCGUGGCGAGCUUGAUUCGUCCUGUUGAUCCUCUUCCACAACCUUCUACAACUACUUCUUCGGCAAAAGUUGCAGGUAUCCCAAUCAUGUUAAGGGCUCAAAGCCGCCACCCUUUGGACCCUUUGACUGCUGCUGAAAUAUCUGUGGCUGUGGCUACUGUCAGGGCUGCUGGAGCAACUCCUGAGGUGAGAGAUAGCAUGCGGUUCAUUGAGGUGGUUUUGCUGGAACCAGAUAAAAAUGUGGUUGCACUAGCAGAUGCAUAUUUUUUUCCUCCUUUCCAGCCAUCAUUACUACCUAGAACGAAGGGUGGAGCUCAUAUUCCCAGUAAACUUCCUCCUAGGCAAGCUAGACUUGUUGUUUACAACAAAAAGUCGAAUGAGACGAGUGUGUGGAUUGUUGAACUAUCAGAAGUUCAUGCUGUUACUCGAGGUGGUCACCACAGGGGCAAAGUGAUUUCAUCCAAUGUUGUACCCGACGUACAGCCUCCAAUGGAUGCUGUGGAAUAUGCCGAAUGUGAAGCUGUUGUAAAAGACUUCCCACCAUUUCGGGAUGCAAUGAAGAAAAGGGGUAUUGAGGAUAUGGAUCUUGUGAUGGUAGAUCCCUGGUGUGUUGGUUAUCACAGUGAAGCUGAUGCACCUAACCGCAGACUUGCUAAACCACUUAUCUUCUGUAGAACUGAGAGUGACUGUCCUAUGGAAAAUGGUUAUGCUCGUCCAGUUGAAGGAAUUUAUGUACUAGUUGAUAUGCAAAAUAUGGUUGUUGUUGAGUUUGAAGACCGUAAACUUGUUCCCCUACCUCCAGCUGACCCAUUAAGAAAUUACACUCCUGGUGAAACACGGGGAGGUGUUGAUCGUAGUGAUGUGAAACCCCUACACAUUAUUCAGCCUGAAGGUCCAAGCUUCCGUGUUGAUGGGCAUUUUGUUGAAUGGCAGAAGUGGAAUUUCCGUAUUGGCUUCACUCCCAGGGAGGGUUUGAUUAUUUAUUCUGUUGCAUAUGUUGAUGGUAGUCGAGGACGAAGACCGGUGGCCCAUAGGUUAAGCUUUGUUGAGAUGGUGGUCCCUUAUGGAGAUCCAAAUGAUCCCCAUUACAGGAAGAAUGCAUUUGAUGCUGGUGAAGAUGGGCUUGGCAAAAAUGCUCAUUCUCUGAAGAAGGGUUGUGACUGUUUGGGCUAUAUCAAAUACUUUGAUGCACACUUUACAAAUUUCACUGGAGGUAUUGAAACAAUUGAAAAUUGUGUGUGUUUGCAUGAAGAGGAUCAUGGAAUCUUAUGGAAGCAUCAAGACUGGAGAACAGGUUUAGCUGAAGUCCGGAGGUCAAGAAGAUUAACUGUGUCUUUCGUAUGUACUGUGGCUAAUUAUGAGUAUGGAUUCUUUUGGCAUUUUUAUCAGGAUGGAAAAAUUGAAGCUGAGGUUAGACUCACAGGAAUUCUCAGCUUAGGAGCUCUGCAACCUGGUGAAGUUCGAAAAUAUGGGACAACUAUUGCGCCUGGAUUAUAUGCGCCAGUCCAUCAACACUUUUUUGUUGCUCGUAUGGACAUGGCAGUUGAUUGCAAGCCUGGUGAAGCACAUAAUCAGGUUGUGGAGGUGGAUGUUAAAGUUGAUGAACCAGGAGAUAACAAUGUUCAUAACAAUGCAUUCUAUGCUGAAGAGAAACUACUCAGAUCUGAGCUUGAAGCAAUGCGUGACUGUAAUCCUUUAGCUGCCCGACAUUGGAUUAUCAGAAACACAAGAAAUGUCAAUCGCACUGGACAGUUAACCGGUUACAAGCUAGUACCCGGAUCAAAUUGUUUACCAUUAGCUGGUGCAGAGGCGAAAUUUUUGAGAAGAGCUGCUUUCCUGAAGCAUAAUAUUUGGGUCACACCUUAUGCGCGUGAUGAGAUGUAUCCUGGAGGAGAGUUUCCUAAUCAAAAUCCCCGUGUUGCAGAGGGACUAUCUACUUGGGUUAAGCAGAACCGAUCACUGGAAGAAGCUGACAUAGUUCUUUGGUAUGUAUUCGGAGUGACACACAUUCCUCGGCUGGAAGACUGGCCUGUCAUGCCGGUGGAACACAUUGGUUUCAUGCUCAUGCCGCAUGGAUUUUUUAAUUGCUCACCGGCGGUGGAUGUUCCUCCUAGCUCAUGCGAGUCGGAUGUGAAGGAGAAUGGGGUGGUGACAAAGACAAUCCACAAUGGGUUGCUUGCAAAGCUUUAGAAGGCAAGUGCAGUUCUCAGUUUGUAUUACAGAAUGUCAAAUAAUCGAGCUUUUGCGAAGCUUUAAAAUUGAGUGCAUGUUCGGUCUACAAAUAAUCCAUUGUCUCAAAUGACUUUUUUUCUUGGUUGUAUGAACUAGAAUUGCUAUUGACACUAUUCUAAAAAUUACAAAUUCGUUGAA